ACAUCAACAGCAUGUAGACAAGCAAACUCGUUCGCCCGUCUAUAUGGCAGGAAAGCAUUUGCAAGAAAGAGCAAGGAACCAAGCGGCUCAACAUGUCUUCAAAGCAAUCAGCCCGGCAUGAUCUCGACGAUACCAAAUUGGGCGCAUACCUACAGCAACACAUCCCAGACCUAAGGCUACCUGUGGUAUCGACGAAGAUUGGAUACGGGCAGAGUAACCCAACGUAUUUCGUGGACGACGCCAAUAAGACUCGAUACAUUCUGAGAAAGAAGCCAAGCGGAACUAUCAUAUCUCCAGUUGCCCAUCAGAUUGAUCGAGAGUACAAAGUACUCAAAGCACUUGGCCAUGUCGAAGGCUUCCCAGUACCACAGGCGUAUUGCCUAUGUAUGGAUCCUUCAGUGAUUGGGACAGCCUUCUACGUAAUGGAAUUCGUAAAAGGCCGUAUUAUCACCGAUCAAAAUCUCUCAACCUUACCUCCAACACAACGGCGCUCAGCCUGGUUCUCUCUGAUCUCAACACUCGCAUGGCUGCACUCCAUCGACCCAGACUCCAUCGGUCUGUCAGACUUUGGCAAGAAAACGGACUUCUACACGCGCCAUUGCAACACAUUCUCUCGCAUCGAAGCUCAGCAAGCUAAAGUCAAAGACGUCAACACUGGUACAGAGCUCGGCCGUGCCCAUCCAAACUUUGACGAGAUUGUAGACUACAUUCGCAAAAACGUGCCGUCUGACCGCACCAGCAUCAUUCACGGUGACUAUAAGUUCGACAAUGUGAUCUUGCAUCCCACAGAGCCAAGGGUCAUUGCAAUACUCGAUUGGGAAUUAAGUACGCUGGGCAACCCAAUGAUGGACGUGUGCUACGCUUGUGGACCGUACUGGAACCGGGCGCAGAAAGGUGGUGCGGUGAGAGAUGACCAGGGUGGUGAGGUGUAUCUGCCUGAGAACCAGAGAAGUAAUGGUAUGCCGAGUAUGGAUGAGUUGGUGGAUGAGUAUGCGAGGAUUACGAGGUGGGAUCCGAGGAAGGAUCAGUGGGAGAUUGCGAAGGUGUUUCAUUUGAUGAGGGGCAGCACGAUCAGUCAUGGUAUUCAGGCGAGGACUAUUAGCGGGCAGGCGAGCAGUGAGUUCUCGCAUAUUUACUUCGAGAACACGAAAAGGGGCUUAGACACAGCACUAGCAAUGAUAAGAUCGAUGAAAGAGAAGGAGACAUCGAAGAGCAGUUUGUGAAUGUGCCAACAAGUGGCGAUUUUGGUUUGCGAAUAGUAAAAGUGCAGAACAGUAGGGGUAUAUCAAUCUUAAGCCAA